CGUGAAGUAUGGCGAAAUGAAACAGAAACAGAAGAAAGUCGAUUUCGCUUUUGUUGUAUCUUCAACAUGGUUUCUACAAGUUCGCAGCAUCUUACGGCGAUCCAGCAUUAUUCGGAGGUUUGGGUGACAAAUGGGCCUAGUUAUACUAACUUUGCAUUUCUCGUCGCACAUAUAUCUGGUUUCCACAAUUUUGCUUUAUGACUUGUUGAUUGCAUGUUGCCAUUCGUUUGUACCUUGCCAAAAACUUUGCUUCACUUGUUUAGCGUGAUGGUGGUCAUGGUCGCUAUGGUGGUGGUGGCGGUGGCUACAACAACCGCGGGUACGACAGAGGCUACGGUGGACAAUCUGGAUACGGUGCCGAUGCUGCAGCCAGUUCAGGUACUUCAGGUGCAGGUUAUGACUAUUCACAGUACUAUGGCGGCGGUGGCUACUACAACCAAGGCUCAGGGGAAGCAGGAGAGAAUGGCAAAGAUGCUGCAGCAUAUGCACAAUACUACCAAGGAUAUCAAUAUCCUUAUGGCAGCUAUUCCCAAUAUCCACCCGCUCAAACCACAGAAGAUUCAAGCAAUCCUGAUAAGGAUGCACCCAAACCAGCUGGGGAGGGUGGCGAUCAAGCUGACACUAGCAAAGGCGAAGGUCAAGCAGAUGAUCAAGCUGCUGCUGCUGCAUACUAUGCUCAGUACUAUGGGCAACCCGGCCAACCCCAGGACAAUCAAUACUAUCAACAGUAUUAUCAACAGCAGUAUUACUCUCAAUAUCCCGGUUAUGAAUCUGCUGCCCCUCCUGCUGCUGCUUCCACUGAGCCUGAGACUGAACCCAAGGAUGCCCCAGAAGCCAAAGAGUAAACUUACAUUUUUGCAACAAAUUGGCAUUGAACGUAAUUGCAGGUCCAACAAAAAAAGCAUUGAAAUAUGGGCUGCCUUUAUUUUCUAGUUUGUAUUGAAUUAUAAAGAUAAGAAUAAAAAAAAAAUACAUCACUUUGUCCCGAUU